AUUUACGUGUAUUAUGUAUUAAAUACGACCACUUCAGAUGGAGCGAUAAACUGUUCAAUGCGGACGUUAAACCCGAAUAAUGGGUAUUGCAAAAGAAUUAUUUGCUGUGAUAUUGUUUAUACAUUUUUUUAUUUCAGGGACACGCGCAGGAGUCUCAGACGAAACUGCGGCUAAAUUGAUGCAUUUCAUCAAACUUUUACCAUCCAGUAAUCAAGUUAACGGAAAAUUAAAAGUCGCCUUGGCCAAUGUCCUCAAAGAAUCAAAUUCGGAUAUAUUCAAACAAUCAUCGGACGAAUAUGAAUUUGAACAGGACUUAGCCAAAUUGAAAGAGCUGGAUCUGGCACUGGAAGAGUUUAUUAUUAGCAAUAGUCAUCUACUGGAUACCUUUCAUGCCAGUCUACCAGAUUCCGGAAAAUCUCUAAAAAAUGCCCUGUUAAACGAAACCGAAGUCAACGAAACGGAUAUAAUGAGAGAUGCAUUAAUCAAAAACGCUAGUGCGUCACUAGCCGAUAUACAUGAGCAAAUACAGAGAGAAGAAUUCGCGGACCAUGUAAGCUUUGCAGAUUUAAUGAAAAAAUCAACAAUCCACAAUUAUAUACGUGAAAACUUUGUUGACAGCAAUUCUAAUGAUAAACAACAGACAAGAAUGAAAAGGGACGAUGCGGUAUAUAAACAAAUUGAGUCUAAUAAUGCUAAUAUAAUGAAAGUGUCAUUUUUAAACAGUACAUCAAAAGCAGACGUACGAAGCAUAUCGGACAAUGGAGCAGCCGAAAAAGUAAUCAAUCUUCUGAGAGAAGAAGAAGCCGAUGUUGAUGAAGAUGAUAAUCUGGAGGAUAUCGAAGAAGAUGAAAAGCCUAAAAAACAAUCACAAUCACAAUUUAAAAAAAUACCGGGUAGAUAUAUUCUACCUUUAUUACGUGCUAAAAAUAUGGCUUCGAAUGUUGUGAACACCGGUUAUCAAUCUAUAAAGAAUGCGACCGGUAGUUUAGUAGAAGCUUUAAAGAAAUUUGGGUAGCUGUCAACUUUGCCUUACACAUAAUUUCUCCCAUUUUUUUGUCACAGUCAAAGGUCACUUGUUUUCAGCACAGACAAAAAAUAUUUUACAAGAAUGUCAUUUCUAAAUUCUGCAAGAAAUAAAUUCAUAUAGACAUUCCAAAU